AUGAACUCGUACUCGGAUAAUAAGAACCAAUCUGAUUUCUGGUCUAACCAGACAUAUGACUUUGGCUCAUUUGACUACAACAAAGCCGGCGAGCAGAGCAACUACUCGGGAUCAUUUUACCCACAACAACCGGCUGGUUUUGCGCCGCCCGCCAAUGCUGCCAUUCCUGGAGCAUAUGACACUUAUGGAAAUGGUGAUCCGUACGCUGAAGAGCCGCCGCUGCUGGAAGAACUGGGCAUCAACUUUGAACACAUAAUGCAAAAGACAGUUGCUGUGUUAAAUCCACUUAAACAGACUGAUGCCAACAUUCUUCAGGACGCUGAUCUUGCUGGACCUUUGGUGUUUGGCCUUGCUUUCGGCAGUCUCUUAUUACUCGCGGGAAAGGUGCAUUUCAGUUAUAUCUAUGGCUUCGGGGUACUCGGCUGUGCACUCAUCUACUGCCUAUUGGUUCUCAUGUCGCCGCCAAAUAUCACAUUUACCGCUGUUUGCACGGUGUCCAUCCUUGGCUACUGUCUACUUCCGAUGGUGUUCCUAUCUGCAAUCGCCAUCUUUGUCAGUCUCAACACAAUGCUGGGGAUGUCUGUAGCGAUGUUGGUCAUUCUUUGGUGUGCAUUGAGCGCUUCAAAACUCUUUGUCACGGCACUGUCAAUGCACAACCAGCAAGCUUUGGUGGCGUACCCGUGCAUUCUCUUUUACGGUGUCUUUGCCUUGCUGGCGCUCUUCUAA